AUGGCAGUUAAAUUCAAAGAUGGUAUUAUCUUAGGUGCUGAUAGUAGAACGACCACUGGUGCUUUUAUUGCCAAUCGUGUUACUGAUAAAUUGACACAAGUUCAUGAUAAGGUGUGGUGUUGUCGUUCUGGUUCUGCAGCGGACACACAAGCUGUAGCAGAUAUUGUCCACUACCAUUUGCAAGCAUAUGCCGCUGAGAAUAACGAACCCCCAUCGGCUAAAGUAGCUGCUUCUAUUUUCAGGGUGCUAUGUUAUAACAACAAAGACAACUUAAGGUGA